CCGCCCCCAGCCCCGCCCCACGGGCCAGGCGCCAUGAGUGAGCUGGAGCAACUGAGACAGGAGGCCGAGCAGCUCCGGAACCAGAUCCGGGAUGCCCGAAAAGCAUGUGGGGAUUCAACGCUGACCCAGAUCACAGCUGGGCUGGACCCAGUGGGGAGAAUUCAGAUGAGGACACGAAGGACUCUCCGGGGGCAUCUUGCAAAAAUCUAUGCCAUGCACUGGGGGACAGACUCAAGGCUGCUGGUCAGCGCCUCCCAGGAUGGGAAGCUCAUCAUCUGGGACAGCUACACCACCAACAAGGUCCAUGCCAUCCCGCUGCGCUCCUCCUGGGUCAUGACCUGUGCCUACGCGCCCUCAGGGAACUUUGUGGCCUGCGGGGGUUUGGAUAACAUCUGCUCCAUCUACAGCCUCAAGACCCGAGAGGGCAAUGUCAGGGUCAGCCGGGAGCUGCCUGGCCACACUGGGUACUUGUCAUGCUGCCGCUUCCUGGAUGACAACCAAAUCAUCACCAGCUCUGGGGAUACCACCUGUGCCCUGUGGGACAUUGAGACAGGCCAGCAGACUGUGGGUUUUGCUGGACACAGUGGGGAUGUGAUGUCCCUGUCACUGGCCCCCGAUGGCCGCACCUUUGUAUCAGGUGCCUGUGACGCCUCCAUCAAGCUGUGGGAUGUGCGGGAUUCCAUGUGCCGACAGACCUUCAUAGGUCACGAGUCCGACAUCAACGCCGUGGCUUUCUUCCCCAACGGCUAUGCCUUCACCACGGGCUCUGAUGACGCCACAUGCCGCCUGUUCGACCUGCGAGCCGAUCAGGAGCUCCUCAUGUACUCUCAUGACAAUAUCAUCUGCGGCAUCACCUCGGUGGCCUUCUCGCGCAGUGGCCGGCUGCUGCUCGCAGGCUACGACGACUUCAACUGCAACAUCUGGGAUGCCAUGAAGGGCGACCGUGCAGGUGUCCUUGCUGGCCACGACAACCGUGUAAGCUGCCUUGGGGUCACUGAUGAUGGCAUGGCGGUGGCCACAGGCUCCUGGGACUCCUUCCUCAAGAUCUGGAACUAAACUGCCCCAAUCCCAGCUGGGCCCAGGCCAGGAGGGGCCCUGCCCAUGCCCACACUACAGGCCGGGAGCUUUGGGGCUGGGUACACACCAAGCCUCCCUCCCUGGGCCACAGGGCCUCGGGUCCCUGCUCCCCCACCCAGGUUUGGUUCCUCCCGGGGGCCCCCACUGUGGAGAUUAAGAUGGGGAUGGUAUGGGGGAAGAGGAGGGGGCAGAAUGCCCUUAUCCUAUUGCUGCCCUGGAGUCAGGGCCUCACCUCUGGACGGCCAGAGGCAAGGAGGUGGAAACUCCAGGGGCUGGCUUUUUUAAAACUGGUUUUAUUUUAAUUUUUAUUAUAUUUUCAGUUUUUCCAUAAAGGAACCAAUUCCAACUCUGUACCUGGUCUCCCUUGUGUCUGCUCCCUUCUCUGUUGAGGCCAGACAAUGGAUAAAGGGCCCCACCAAAGGAGAAAUAGAGGGCAAAGGACUUUUUCUCCAGCCAAAGCCAGAAGCUAGAGACUCUCAGGCCCAGCAGGGUCAGAGAUGUUCCCAGAGGUGUACAGCACCCCACUGAGGUCUCCCCUGGCUAGGCUGCUGCAGCCUCACCCCAGCCCCUCUAAUUCCCAGCCCUGAGCCUUAGCCACUUAUCCCUCAAGACCCUCCCCCAAAUAAAGCCAGCAGGUGCAGCGGACAGGGAGAACACACACCAAGUUUUAUUAGGAGUAUUUACAUGGGGCAGGUGGAAGGGAAGUCACACACGGAGGUAGGGAAGGAGACUGUGGGUACAAGGCAGACAUAGGAACACAGAAUGACCCCUUUACCACCCCAAUCCCAGGAGGGGGGCAGCAGGGCCCAGGAAGACUGGGACAGGACAGCAAUGGGACCCGAGUCCCUGGGCAGGGCUCAGGGCUUGUAAACAUUGACCACUCUCAGAGGGGAUGGGGUGGGAGAGGGCUCCCCCUAUACUUCCUCACAGGGUUAAGGCCUCUCCAGGCUCAUGGGCCCCCCAACUCAGUCUCUUUAGCUCUGGGGGAAGGGGCAGGAAGAGACAGGAAGUGUCCCACCUUCCCCUGCAUUGGCUGUGGCAGGGGGCAGGGCAGUUACAUUCAGUCACAACAGGAGUCUCCCCUACCCCUCUAAUGCCACCACACUGGCAAGAAGGGAAGGGGGAGUUGGGGGGCCAGCAGCAGCAAGACAUUUCCCCCUGGCCCAUCACCCCCUUAUUGCUUUAGAGAGAAUAUUGUCUUUUCACUGACACUAACACUGUCAAAACCAGGGUGAAGUAGGUGGAGGGGCCCUGCCACCCCGAGGCCAGCUUUAUCCCCAACACUGACCUAGUUGCCACUUUGGUGCAAAAAAAAAAAAAGAAAAAAAAAAAAACGUCCUCUCUCUGGAGAUAAGAUGGGGAAAGAAACUGGGGCAGCUCCCCACUUCCCCAGGGCAGUAAGGAGCAAUACAUUCAUGGAGGGAGGCAGCGGUAGUCUCGCCCUAAUACUGCACUCAGCAAUGAGGUCAAUGGGAAAAGUUUGAUGAAAACA